CUCCUGCCUUUCAACAUGGCCGGCCCAAGCGCCAGGGAGGCCCGGGGGCCUGGGGCCCCACGCCUCGUGGCCGUGGCCGUGGCCGUGGCGGUGGCCGUGGCGAUGGCCGGGCUCCCUUCGGCAGCGGCAGGGCAGGAGGAGCACAGUCGGGUCCGAGCUAUGACCUCCUCCAACUGGACCCUGGUGCUGGAGGGGGAGUGGAUGCUGAAAUUUUACGCUCCAUGGUGUCCAGCCUGCCUUCAGACUGAAUCAGAAUGGGAGACUUUUGCCAAAAGUGGUGAAAUACUUGAUGUCAGUGUGGGAAAGGUGGAUGUUACUCAAGAACCAGGUUUGAGUGGCCGAUUCUUUGUCACUACACUUCCAACUAUUUUCCAUGCAAAGGAUGGAAUAUUUCGCCGAUACCGUGGUCCAGGGAUCUCCAAAGACCUUCAGGAUUACAUCUUAGAGAAGAAGUGGAAAGCAGUUGAGCCUCUGGCUGGAUGGAAAUCCCCAUCUUCUAUAAUGAUGUCUGGAAUGGCUGGGCUUUUCAGCUUAUCAGGUGGGAUACGGCAACUUCACAACUAUUUCACAGACACUCUUGGAAUUCCAAUUUGGGGUUCAUACUUCAUCUUUGUUGUAACCACACUUAUGAUUGGCCUUAUCCUUGGUCUGAUACUGGUUUUACUUGCAGACUGCUUUUGUCCACCUAAACCAAGAAUUGGAACAGAUCAGUCUGAGCUGAUUGAAAAGGAGAAGGACGUUAUUAUAGUUGAAGAUCUAGGAAUUUCCGAAGGAAGUAAAGACCUCUCAGAUGAAGAGGAGGAGAAAGAUGACCUUUCAGAGGGAGAAGAAGACAAAGAAGACCUUUCAGAACGAGAAGAGGAAAGAAGCAAUUCAAACGAUGAGACCUCUGAAGAGGACUCGGUGGUAGAUGAAGGAUCGGCACCUGAAGGUUCAGGGAAUGUCCCAGACCAGCAGGUGCCUGAUGGGGAGGCUGAAAGCUCAGUGAGGCAGCGCAAAAGUCAUGUUGCUGAUGGAGAACAGUAAUUUUUUUGUGAAGGUAUUUUCAGCAAACUGGACCAAAGAAAUGUGUCAGUUGCCCUUCUGGUCUACCGUGGAAGCCAAAUUCUUAAUCUGUCUUGCAUGAGCCAACUUCUCUCUUAAAAGCUUAUACAUAACCAACUUCUGGUCCUAAAAGGUAGUAACCAUCAUGUAGUAAUGAGAAUCUUUUAGGCAUGACAAUCAAAAUCAAAAAUAAGAUCUAUUAUUCUGCUUGGAGAUUUGUGAUGUGAAAAUCUGUGGGGUUCAGCUUGUAAUAGGUGACCAUCACUCCAUUUUAAUAUCCUCUAGAAACAUUGCUUCAAGCCCCAUGAGACGAAAGCAUACUUGACUUCACACAUCAGCAAUAACAAAAUGUGCCCUAAGAACUGUAGCAGAAGUCUCACUUCCUUAUUUGGUCUUGAGUACUUUUGUCUAACCUUAUGGAAAACAUCAGACAACACAGUCAGUCAAAAGGUAUUUAUUGAGAUAGAAACUGAGAGGUCCCUGAAUGUUAUCCUAGUAAAGGAACUGUGGGUAUGGCAGUUUAACUCUCAUCACUGCUCACUGAAGCACCUUCAUUAUGCUCCAUUGUUUCCUUCUCAUUUUUGCUUCUCAAUGUUUCUUUUGAAAACAUACUGAGUGCACUGUGACAACAGGGACUGGCCGUAGACUGGGCUUGCUACGUACAACACCAGCACUCUUCAGUUCCUGAGUAUUCAGAGGAGCAGCGUCCAAGUUCAUGUGACAUCAGCCAAGCUUAUUAUGACUUCAGGGGCUGAGAUCAUCAGAAACCACAAGCGAUGAAAUGUUGACCGGCAAACGCUGAAAAUGACGUGUCACCUUCAGAGAUUCAGAAGGAAGUGGUCAUUUAGCAGGAGGAGAACUUUUUUUUUUGGCCAAAAGGCAAUCUUCCCCCCCCCACCCCCUCUCAAAUAUUUCAUUGAGAAGUAUUCUUUUUGAAGCCAAUAAAUCCUCCUAGUGUUGCCAAUACAAGCAAGUCAUGUGCAGAGAGCUGCAGUAUGAUGUGGUACUGUUUCCAUCUCUAGAGUAGCUCCCUGGCUCCAUCUGAGCUACUUUAGUAAUCAUAACAACUAAAAAGCCACUUAUGGUUUCCUUGUUAGUGAAUUGACAGACCGGUGAAAGAACUGAGUGAAAAUCUAGAGCAGGAAAUGAGAGAAAUGGUUUCUUCUCUUCCCACCUACCCCUCAACUCUUUUUAAUCCUACAAAGAAAUGCGUCUUUGUAAAUCUCUCAAUACUUGACUUAUUAAAAGUAUCCAGGGGUUUAAUUGCUUUAAAAAAAAGACUUUCUUUUUACUUGAUUUAUUUUUUAGAAAAAAAUUGAGAAAAUCAGAACCAAGUUGUACAUAGUUUCUCAAGGUAGGGCUUAUCCCCUCUUUUUUUUUUUUUCUUUUUUUGGCUGCACCAGGGUGCAUAAUAAGGAAAGGAGCAGAAUUUUGUAAAAUCCAUUAAUUAUUUUGUCACCUUUAAAAAUGAAUUAGAUAUACAUCUGGCUAUUCAGAUUGCACUCUCAUUGGGUGAGCUAAGAACAAUAAUAUUAGUGUGGGAUUCUGAGAAUCUCUGCCCUCUUAUGGUUGAAUGAAGUAUUACAGGACUCGCACAAAACUAGCUUUUAUUUUUUAAAAAUAAAUAAAAUCUGAUCCUGGGACUAGUUUACAUCUUUUUAAAGUUAGUCAAGUUUUGUUGUUUGUUGUUGUUGUUGUUGUUGUUAAUCUUCCCUUCCUCCCUCCCCAGGGGGACAGGGUGUGGGGAAGGGGCAGUAGAAAAAUGAUGAUUAAAAAGAGAAUUUAUUUCAAGAAGUUGUAGGAUUUAUUUUAAGCUUCUACAGUCCCAUAGUUUUUAGGGUGUUUAUUUCAUGGUUUUGAUGUUGCAGAGUAGAUAUAGAAACAAACUUUUCAAAAGAAUGGGAAACACAUUUUAGUGGCUUCCUUACGUUUUAAAAAGGAUUUAAGGCAGUUAAAUGUUAUGUAUCUAUGUUUAUGUGACUAAACAUUUGUGUCCUAGGCAGCGAGCUUUUACUGACCAUCAGAGUAUGUGUGUCACAGGUUUAUGUCUUUUAUGAAGAUUGAUAUAUAUUCCUUUGAACUGUUUCAAUGGCUCAGACAGUGUCAUGCACCCAGUGGCACUUGAUUCAUAUUAAGUGAUCUUGAUGAUCAGUUACAUCUAUUUAAUGUUAAUGUUGUACUAGGUACUUAAUAUAUCCAAGAAAACAGACUUGAUCUUUACUCCCCAGUUAUUUAAAAUCUAGGGAAAGGUACCCUUUGAUGCUUUGGUACUUUUGUUCUUGAGAUAGCUAUAUAGUCUUAAGAGCUUUAGGAAAUCUCAAAGCUGUUGGACCUUCACUCCAUCCCUUGUUUUUUCUGGCAGGACUAUUAUUCAUCUCUCCUUAAGGGAGAUAACAUUUUCACAAUUACUUUGUGUCCCCAAUACCAGUGGUCUUUCUAAUUAUUUGAAAUAAACUUGGCCAAUAGAAAGGGCCCUGGAUUUGGGUUUGAAUUCUGGAUUUUCUACGUAAUACCCAUGUGACCUUUAGCAAAGGACAUCAUCUCUAUGGGCCUUACAGUCCUCAGAAAGAUCAGAGUAGAUUAUAUCCAGGUCCGUUUUCACUCUAUAUCUGUGAUCCUAUAAUUUCUAAAGUAUUUGUGUUAUGGUUCUUGUUCAGUCAUUUUAAUUGUGUCUGACUUUUGUGAUUAUGUAGAAUGCAUCUUGAUAUGAUAGGCAUGUGAUAGAGUAAUUGUGUUUUUGGAGUAAGGAAUAUAGUCCUUUAAAGUAGUGAGAGGAUAAAACAAAUAGUUCUUUGGAGAUCCUCAAACCAUCUUUCUACUGUAUUUUUUCAAAUUUUGUAGUUUAAACCUGGGUUUAUGGAUAAACCACUCUUCCCCUUAUUUCUCUAUUUGAAAAUGAAACAAGCCUUCCUUCCCCUACCCUCACUUCAAACUUUAAAGAAAAAUCAGAGGGUGGAUAUCAUUCAAAUAUGGAAGCCUUACAGUGCAAUCAUUGUUUAUUUCCAGUUCAUUUGAUCACCAUCUUAUUUAUAGGUCACCUAAAUUAUGUAAAGAAAUGAAAAAUAAAUGUUGUAUUAUCUUGAAAUUGUAGUUUCACCAGGGUUGGCUUUCAAAGAACAAUUCUGAAUUAUUUGCUAGCAAAGAAACCUUGUUUAUUUCUAUAGGAUUUCUGUGUGUGUUCUGCAAAAUUGCAUAUACUCCAAACCCACCACUUAAUUGCAAGGGGUGGGAGUGAGGGUGGGUUGUUUUGUGUUCUAAAGUCAGUCUGACAUUUUAUGAGUAGUAGAGAAAAUAUACUGUUUUAAGUGAUGGGAAAGGGGUUACUAAAAGGGAUAGGGGAUAGUCAAGACUGGGCAAGAUAAGCUAAGUAUAUGAUUUGUUUGUUGAAUUAAUGAUUAUAUCAUAAGAAGGCAAAUCAGGGUAGAGAGGGAAAAGAUGUAGGCUGAUGCUUUGUUCCAAAAUGAAUAUUUUGUUUCUCUUUGGUAUCCUUCAUAUCAAUACAAUAUUGAAGUGCUAUUUCUGCCAGUAUUAUAGAUGAGUAGUUUAUUCAACCUGCUGCAUUGCCAAGGUUUUAAAAAAUAUUUGCCUCUAUCUUCUGUGCCAACAGUAAAAUUGUUUUAUUGUUACAUUCUCUUUACCUCAUUCAUGUGCUUUGAUUCACUUGAGAAAACCACAACUUAUUUUGAAAAGUUGAAAUGUAGAAUUAACUUAUUCAAUAUAGUAUGUGUUAUUAUGUGAUUGAUUGGGACUGAGCAAUAGGAGGUCUUUGGGAAAAGCACGUCUCUCUUAACAUUAUUAAGCUAAUUACCAGCAUGUGAAAUGCAUAAACUAAGCUUUCUCCUAAUUGGAUUACUUACUAUAAAAAAAGUCUGAGGUAGAAGGUAACUAAUGUAUGUGAAUCAUGCAGCUUUGACAUUUUUGUAUUGGCUAUAAAUGUUGAAUGGUAUUUAUGUUAUGCCUCUUUUUUCAUGGAAAUGCAGUCUUUUUAUACUACAGUUUAGCAGACAUGCUAUUGCAUAUUUGUAUUGC